AUGGCAGAACCCUCAAACAAAACCCAGCGGCAAGACAGAAAUCAAAACCCCCGGAGCUGGAUCGACCUCCCUGACGACGUCACGGCUUCGAUACUAUUACAAUUGGGAGCCAUCGAGAUUCUGGUGACAGCCAUGAACGUGUGCACGACAUGGCGCAAAAUCUGCAAGGACCCUAGAAAGUGGCUCACCAUCGACAUGUGCGAUGUUUCGGUUUAUGGCGAGUCGCCCUCGCCCUACCCCAUGGACAAGUUGUGUAGGAAAGCCAUUGAUCUUAGCUGUGGCAACCUCGUCGACAUCAGUGUGCACAACUUCGGGCCCGAUGAUCUCCUUAAGUAUAUCACUGAUAGUUGUAGGGGAAUCAAACGGCUUUGUAUUGUGUAUUCUGACAUAGCAAAUAGUGGACUGAUUGAAGCGGCACCAAUGCUCCCGUUGUUGGAGGACCUUGAAAUUUCUUACUGCAACUACAGACUCGAUAUUACUCCCUUCAAUAUGUUCCAUUGCAUACAGCAUGGCUAUCUUGAAGUGAUUGGCCGUUGUUGCCCUCGUUUGAAAUCGUUGAAAUUGAACAAGUACAACAAUCACAACACUAAAUAUAAUUUUGAUGGAUGGGAUGGCGAUGCAUUUGCUAUAGCAGGGACGAUGCAGGGUUUGCAGCACCUCCAGCUUUUUGAAAAUAGGCUCACUAGCAAGGGCUUGGGCGCCAUUCUUGAUGGUUGUCCGCUGCUUGAGUCACUUGAUCUGCGUCAAUGUUGGCAUAUUAAUCUGGAGCCUGAGCUGGCUCAUCAUUGGCUUGUUAAACUGGAUGAAGAAUUGCAAAGCAGAUGCAUCGACAGUAUCAAAAACUUGCGGCUUCCUCAUGAUUCUAAACAUGACUAUGAACGUCUUGCAGCAGAAAAACUUGUCCACAAGGAGUUUGUGGAAGAAUCUAAGAACUAUAUCGUGAGUUCAUGA